AUGACUCAACUCAGAUACGACGGACAGGUGGCUGUCAUCACCGGUGCUGGUGCUGGCCUUGGCCGAGCAUACGCCAGAUUCUUCGCGGCUAGAGGUGCUAGAGUGGUUGUGAACGAUCUCGGCGGAACGUUCAAUGCUCGUGGCAACGAUCGAAGCUCCAAAGUUGCGGAUCAAGUCGUUGAAGAACUGGUCAAAGCUGGCGGUGAAGCUGUGGCCGAUUACAAUGCAGUGCAGCAGGGCGACAAGAUCAUCGAGACUGCCAUCAAGAACUAUGGCAGAGUCGAUAUUCUCGUUAACAAUGCAGGCAUCUUACGAGACAUCACCCUUAGGAAAAUGAACGAUGGCGAUUGGGACGCUAUUGCGGACGUUCAUCUUCAUGGCGCAUACAAGACGACCCGUGCCGCUUGGCCGUACUUCAAGAAGCAGAAGUACGGACGGGUCGUACAUACCACAUCCUCAUCAGGGCUUUUCGGCAACUUUGGUCAAUCAAAUUACGCAGCAGCCAAGUUCGGCCUGGUUGGCCUCACUGAGACCCUCGCCAAAGAAGGCGCAAAAUACAACAUCCACAGCAACGUCUUGACCCCCGCGGCUGCGAGCAGACUUACGCAGACUGUAUGGCCCAAGGAGAUGAUGGAUUUGAUGGGCCCAGAAUGGGUAGUGCCACUGGUUGGCUACCUCACGCACAGCGACUGCAAAGAGUCCGGCAGCAUCUUCGAAGGCGGCGCUGGGCACUUCUCCAAGAUCCGCUGGGAGAGAUCAAAAGGACUGCUUCUCAAGCCGGAUGAGAAUCUGCACCCGGAACAUGUCCUUGCCGGCUGGAGUAAGAUCACCGACUUCACGCUCAAUGAGCACCCUCAAGAUCCCGCUGAUCUCAAUGCCAUGUUGAGUGCAGCAGAGCGCCAGUCACCCAACAAGCCAUUAACGACGGAUCUCGGUAUCAAAGGCCGCGUUGCACUUGUGACAGGUGGAGGAGCCGGACUCGGAAGAGCUUAUGCCUUUCAGCUUGCUAAGCUUGGUGCAAAGGUCAUGGUCAACGACGUGCAAAAUGCACAUGCUGUUGCCGAAGAGAUCAAGGCUCAAGGCUUGGAGGCCCAAGCUUGCGACAUUUCUGUGGAACGAGGAGAUGUUGUCGUCAAGGCAGUAAUCGAUGCGUUUGGCCGCAUUGACUUGGUCGUCAACAAUGCAGGAAUCCUGCGUGAUAAGGCUUUUGCAAACAUGACAGAUACACAGUGGCAUCAGGUCAUCAAUUGUCACUUGCGAGGCACAUACAAGAUCACGCGAGCAGCAUUUCCAUACAUGGUGAAGCAGAAGUAUGGACGUAUCGUGAACAUCACCUCUACGUCUGGCAUCUAUGGCAACUUUGGCCAAGCGAACUACUCCGCUGCAAAAGCUGCCGUGCUUGGCUUCACGAAGUCGACUGCCCGCGAAGGCGCAAAGUAUAAUGUCUUUGUCAACGUUGUUGCGCCCUCGGCAGGCACGGAUAUGACACGCACAAUCUGGCCGGAGGCCGCUGUUCAAUCCCUCAAGCCCGACUACGUGGCCCCAUUGGUGGCUGUCCUGCUCAGCGAGAAGCCUCCUGCCAACGGGAUCAUCUUCGAAGCCGGCGGUGGGUGGUUCGCAUCGACCAGGUGGCAACGUGCAAGAGGCGUCGACUUCGACUUCAAGAAAGGCAUCGAUGCUCUAACCGUGGAAAUGGUCGCCGAGGCGUUCCCAAAGAUCAUCGCAUUCGACAACAAAGCGGACUAUCCGGAAUCGCCCGCAGACGGCGUCACGUACACUUCUGGCAAUGCCAUCAAUAGCGGGAUGAUCAAAGACAUCUCACAAGAAGAACGCACCAACCGGAAGUGGCUCUCAGCUCAGCAGAAGGCUAUGGAAUCCAAGUCCUCCCCAUCGACCUACUCCUACGAUGAGCGAGAUGUAAUCUUGUACAACCUGGGCGUUGGCGCAAAGCGUAACGACCUCAACCUAGUCUUCGAGGGCGCUAACAAUUUCGGCGUGCUGCCUACCUUCGGCGUAAUCCCAACCUACUUCUCGAAGGCAGCCUGGUCGUACAAAGACAUCGUCCCAAACUUCGACAUGCGACAGCUAUUACACGGCGAGCAAUACCUUGAGAUCCUGCAAUGGCCGAUCCCAACCGAAGCAACCCUCACAACGACCCCCAAGCUGAUCGAAGUCGUUGACAAAGGCAAUGCCGCGGUCGUCCGUAGCCGCAACGAGACUACUGACGCCAGUGGCAAACUACUGUUCGUCAACGAGGGCGUCACCUUCAUCCGCAAAGCUGGCAACUUCGGCGGACAGAAGAAACCAUCCGAUCGCGGCGCGGCGACUGCUGACAACAACCCCCCCUCACGAAAUGCCGAUCGCAUCGUCGAGGAGAAGACAUCUGAAGACCUCGCCGCGAUCUAUCGCCUCAUGGGGGAUCGCAACCCCCUUCACAUUGACCCCGAAUUCAGCAAAGUCGGCGGCUUCGAAACACCUAUCUUGCAUGGUCUGGCUUCUUUCGGCAUUACGGGCAAGCACGUCUUCCAGAGCUAUGGGCCGGUGAAGAGUAUCAAGGUCAGGUUCGCUGGUGUUGUGCUUCCUGGUCAGACGAUUUUUACGGAGAUGUGGAAGGAGGGAGGGAAGGUUAUUUAUCGUGCUAAGGUGAAGGAGACUGGGAAGUUGUGCAUCUCGAAUGCUGCGGCUGAGUUGAGGGAUGAGAAAGCGAAGUUGUGA